AUGUCGUGGAAAUUGACGAAGAAGCUCAAGGACACCCAUCUUGGGCCCUUGGCCAGCACCUUCUCCCGCUCGCCAUCAACCUCCACCAUUACAGACAGCGAAAAGGCCCAACCCAGCCUAUCGGGGUCGGUGACACCUACGACGGAGGGAAACAUCGCCGCCUCGGAGGCUAUGGUCCAGGCCCCUGUCGUUAACCCCCCCAAGCCCGGUAUCCUCGUCGUUACCCUCCACGAAGGUCAAGGCUUCUCCCUCCCCGAACAACACAGACAAAUCUUUGCUUCGUCGCAUCAAGGGUCGCUGUCCACUGGUGGCACUACCGUCGCUGGCUCCGUCCGCCCCUCUUCCUCCCAACGAGGAACCAUCGGCUCUUUUAUCAGCGGUGGCCGCCCACAGACUUCCGCCGGCGGUGGCUUCAGCGGAAUUCCCACCAACCAUGGCCGUAUUUCCGGCAAAUACAUGCCCUACGCCCUACUGGACUUCGACAAGAUGCAAGUCUUUGUCAACUCGGUUGAAGGAACACCGGAGAACCCUCUCUGGGCCGGAGGAAACACGCAGUACAAGUUCGACGUGUCUCGCGUCACGGAGCUCGUCAUCCAUCUGUACAUGCGUAAUCCUAUGGCCCCUCCUGGAUCAGGCCGUAGCCAGGAUAUCUUCCUCGGGUUGGCCCGCAUCAACCCCCGCUUCGAGGAGAGGCACGACUUCGUCGAGGACCCCAAGGCGAACAAGAAGGACCGCGAGAAGGCCGCAGCCGAGUUUAACAACCGCGAGCGCGCUCUCGGCCAUAGUGGAGUUGAGUGGGUGGACGUACAGUACGGCACUGGAAAGCUCAAGAUUGGCGUCGAGUACGUCGAGAACCGCGCAGGCAAGCUCACUAUCGAUGACUUUGACCUGCUCAAGGUCGUUGGCAAGGGCAGCUUCGGCAAGGUUAUGCAGGUGCGCAAGAAGGACACGAACCGAAUCUACGCCCUGAAGACGAUCAGGAAAGCAAAAAUCAUUUCUCGAUCCGAAGUCGCCCAUACCCUUGCCGAACGCUCCGUAUUGGCGCAAAUCAACAACCCGUUCAUCGUCCCCCUCAAGUUCACCUUCCAGUCGCCCGAGAAGCUCUACUUCGUGCUAGCCUUUGUCAAUGGAGGCGAGCUUUUCCACCACCUACAAAAGGAGACAAGAUUCGACGUCAACCGCUCCCGGUUCUAUACCGCCGAACUCCUGUGCGCCCUCGAGUGCCUGCACGGCUUCAACGUCAUCUACCGAGACCUCAAGCCCGAGAAUAUUCUGCUCGACUACCAGGGCCACAUCGCUCUGUGUGAUUUUGGUCUCUGCAAGCUGGAUAUGAAGGAUGAGGACAGAACUAACACCUUCUGCGGCACCCCCGAGUAUCUGGCGCCCGAGCUAUUGAUGGGGCAGGGAUACAAUAAGACGGUGGAUUGGUGGACCCUGGGCGUUCUUCUCUACGAGAUGCUCACGGGUCUUCCUCCUUUUUAUGAUGAGAACACCAACGAAAUGUAUCGCAAGAUCCUCUCGGACCCCCUCCACUUCCCUGGUCACGAUAUCGUCCCUCCUGCGGCCAGGGAUCUCCUGACCAGGUUGCUGAACCGCGAUCCAAGGGAGCGUCUCGGAGCCAACGGAUCAGCCGAGAUCAAGGCGCAUCCUUUCUUCCACGCCAUUGACUGGCGCAAGCUCCUGCAGCGCAAGUACGAACCGGCGUUCAAGCCUAAUGUGGUGGAUGCCCUCGACACUAAUAACUUCGACCCCGAAUUUACCUCAGAAGCGCCCCAGGACUCGUACGUGGAGGAUGCGAUGCUGUCGCAGACCAUGCAGAACCAGUUCCAGGGCUUCAGUUACAACAGACCGAUUGCCGGACUGGGAGAUGCGGGUGGUAGUGUCAAGGACCCGUCAUUUGUUGGCAGCAUCCAGGAACGAUAA